CUCCCAGCAAACGACGACCUUGGGAUGGGGCGGCAGCGCAACUCAUUUCCACACUUGCCUGUCGUCUCGAUGAAAGUCUUCGCGUUCCUCGCCGUCCUCGCCGCCGCCAUCGCGUCCGCCGACAACCAAGUCCAAAAUGACGCUGCCCAGUUGGCCCAGCUCGCCGCCGUCGAGGCCGCUUCCGCUGCUGUCGACGUUCCGGCAAAGAACCGCGCCUUGGAAGAAGCUGCCGUCGAAGAAGCCGCGUCCAAGAAGGAUGACAACGAUGACGACGACGAUGAUGAUGAUGACGACGAUGACGACGAUGACGACGAUGACGACGAUGACGACGACGAUGACGAUGAUGACGAUGAUGACGACGAUGAUGAUGACGACGAUGACGAUGAUGAUGACGAUGCCAUCGAGUCCGACGUGGCCACUGGUGCUGCCACGGGUGAGUAUGUCGAAACCAACUACAUCGGUGGACGCCGCCUUGAAGCUGAAGGUGUUGCUGCCGUCGAAAGUGUCGAGGGUGUGGAAGCCGCCGAAUCUGUCGAAGCCGUAGCGUCCAAGAAGGAUGACGACGAUGACGAUGACGACGACGAUGACGAUGACGACGACGAUGAUGACGACGAUGAUGACGACGAUGACGACGAUGACGACGAUGAUGAUGACGAUGACGACGAUGACGAUGACGAUGAUGACGAUGAUGAUGAUGACGACGAUGAUGAUGACGACGAUGAUGACGACGAUGACGACGAUGACGAUGUUGUCGAAGCCGAUGUUACUGCUGUCCAAGCCGACCCGUCGGAUGAAGCCGUGAUGUCCUCGCCGUAA